GUCCCAGUCUAGUUUAGAACUCCUGGGCUCAAGUGAUUCGCCUACCUCUGCCUCCCCGAGUGCUGGGAUUACAGGCACGAGAUAGGGAGCCCGGCCUAGGCACUUUCUAUUCUAAACACUUUCCAUUGAUUAUCGUAUUUAAUCCUAACAACGCUCCAUUUUAUAGAUGAGGAAACAGGCCUAGAAAGAGAGCUAGAAAGGGUCACACAGCUAGAAACUGGCACAGCCGGAUUCCAAACCAGUUACCCAGGCAAUGUGGCUCCAGUCCAAAUAACCCCGCCAAACUCCCAGGGAUCGCAGACCUUGCGGGUUAUCGGACUGGAGACCCACCCGUGCAGAGGACUUUUAUGGGCAUUUCCUGGUCCUUCCUGCACCAGGCAGGAAGGUGUACCGCCACUGCUCGGGAAGAAUGCCGAGCUACAUGCCACCCCAGGCCUAGCACCACGAGCAUGGGCCAGGGCACCUCGGGACCACCCAGGCUUCCGAGGGGGAAGGUAGAUGGGGACGUGGCUGAGAAUCUUGAAUCACCCAAGAGCGAGGUGUGCUGAGGCGCUAUGCAAAUAACGUGCCUUUUAUUGGGCACUGGCUGUCUCUGAACCCGGAGUCCCGCCUCCGCCCUCUCUCGAAGAAAUGGUCAGACUUUUUGCAAACGCCUUGAAGGGUGGAAUUAGCAGCGAGCUCUUGAAACUGCCUCUGGAGAUGGAACCCAGCGGAAUUCUCGAAAAGAAGAAGGACAUUAAAAAGAGGGGUGCAUGUAUUGAUUUCCAAGCGCAGUUUGUCCAUGUUAGUCUUGCACGUGCUUGACUCCAGUCAGCCACCGUAGGCCCCGCCACCGGCGGUGCACUUUCCGUCGAUCCGGUAGCUUCGCGCUUGCUCACGAACUUGCCUGCCUAGCUGGCGCACCCAGCCCCUCCUUCCAUUCCGUCUCCCCCUGCGCAGCCUCUGCCAGCCGGCACUGCGCAUGCUUUCUGACGCCCACUUUGGUCCAGCGUGGGAGGAGGGGAUGGAAAUGAGGUUGGGCCGAGCAGCUCGCGCGCGCUCCCUUCCCUGCCCUCCCCCGACGCCGGACGCGCGCCGGGCGGUGCAGCUUCGCUGGUCCGAGGGCAGUGCAGCAGCAGCAGCAGCAGCAGCGGCUGCGGCCGUGGCCGCGGCGGGAGGAGCCCGAAGCUCCGCCCCCGGGGAGGGGCCGUCCUGCAGGUCCCCCCUCUAUCCUCCACGGCCCCAUCCAAGCCAGGGAUGAAAUUUAACAGCAAGAAGGACGCAGUUGACGCGGCGUCAAUGAACUAAGUCAAAAGCCGGGUUCCUGUGCCAGCAAGAUGCUGGAGCGAGGCGCGGAGUCCGCGGCCGGGGCCACAGAUCCUAGUCCCACUGGCAAGGAACCGGUAACCAAAGAAGCUCCCCACCAGGGCCCACUGCAGAAGCCCAGCCAGUCAGCUCCAGGGCCCACCGCGUCCGCGAGCGCGCCUCCCAGGCCUCGCCGGCGGCCCCCGCCCCAGCGCCCGCACCGCUGUCCCGACUGUGACAAGGCCUUCUCGUACCCGUCCAAGCUGGCCACGCACCGCUUAGCACACGGCGGCGCCCGACCCCACCCAUGCCCAGACUGCCCCAAGGCCUUCUCCUACCCCUCCAAGCUGGCAGCCCACCGCCUCACGCACAGCGGCGCCCGCCCGCACCCGUGCCCACACUGCCCGAAGGCCUUUGGCCACCGCUCCAAGCUGGCGGCUCACCUCUGGACCCACGCACCCACCCGCCCCUACCCGUGCCCCGACUGCCCCAAGUCCUUCUGCUACCCUUCCAAGCUGGCGGCCCACCGCCACACGCACCACGCCACCGAUGCCCGCCCCUACCCUUGCCCGCAUUGCCCCAAGGCUUUCUCAUUUCCCUCCAAGCUGGCUGCCCAUCGCCUAUGUCACGACCCCCCAACCGCACCCGGCAGCCAGGCGACGGCCCGGCACCGAUGCUCCAGCUGCGGCCAGGCCUUUGGCCAGAGACGCUUACUGCUCCUUCAUCAACGCAGCCACCACCAGGUGGAGCACAAAGGGGAGAGAGACUGAGCCCUCCCUUGGCUCACUGUCCCCCUCUGCCGCCAGCCCUCGCCAGUAAGAGGUGGGAUUUCUAAAACCGACCGUAUGAGCUCCCUCUUCCAGAUAGCUGGCAGAGGGCAAGGCAAGGGAUUGGCCAUUUAUACUGGGCUUGAACUCAGAAGCCCGAGGAACUCUUUGCUCCCCUGCUUUGGGGAGAUCUCAAACCAUGGACAUGGAGCUGUGCUUUGACAGCCCUGGCUCUGCUUCUCCCCACAUACUUACAUGGCAAAGGUAAAAAGUCUGCUACUAUGGUGGGUUGAUGAGGAUUGUGGGCAAACAGGCUCCCUUGUUGUUAAAAGUUUAAAUUGGUGUCUCCACUUUGGCCAUAUGACUGUAUCUAAGAAACUGAAAAUAUAUGCUUGUCUCAACUCUUC